AUGCCUGCUUCUUUCAAGCGUUACGUUGAGGUUGGCCGCGUCGUUCUCGUCGAGGAGGGCCCCUCCGCCGGCGAGCUCGCCGUCAUCGUCGAGGUCAUUGACCAGAACAGGGCCAUCAUUGACUCGCCCUCCACCGGUGUCACCCGCCAGGCGUUUGCCUUUAAGCACCUGACGCUCACCAAGCUCACCGUGCCCGGCCUGCCCCGUGGUGCUGGCUCGACAGCCGUUAAGAAGUUCUUUGACAAGGCUGGUGUUGCCGAGAAGUGGGCUCAGUCCGGUUGGGCCAAGAAGCGUGCUGCCAUCAAGGUGCGCCGCUCGCUGUCGGACUUUGACCGCUUCAACGUUAUGCUGCUCAAGAAGCAGCGCCGCAGCGUUGUCUCGCCCGCUACCAAGAAGGCCUCUGCUUAA